GCCCAGAGUCCCUGGGAAGGAGCUUAGGCCUCAGAUUCUGUUGAGGGGAAAACCAGAAGAGGGGGCUGGCUCUGAGCCUGCAUGCAGGGCAGAACUGCACAGUCAGCCAAAUCAACCAGAAGGGCCUUCCCAGGACACAGGAGAAAGGCCACCUCCUCUGAGAAGCCUUCCCUCCUGCCCCCAGGUCUAGAGCUGUUCCCUCCAGGCCAGGUGGCCUUUUGCAUCUGCCACUCCUCUCUGUACAGGGUCGGCCUGGGGUUCUGGCAGCUGGCACGAGCCCUCCCGGCUCCGACCUCCACCCCCGGCGUGGAAGAUGCCUGAGCAGAGUAAUGACUACCGGGUGGUGGUGUUCGGUGCGGGUGGCGUGGGCAAGAGCUCGCUGGUGCUGCGCUUCGUGAAGGGCACGUUUCGAGACACCUACAUCCCCACCAUUGAGGACACCUACCGACAGGUGAUCAGCUGUGACAAGAGCGUGUGCACGCUGCAGAUCACCGACACCACAGGCAGCCACCAGUUCCCGGCCAUGCAGCGGCUCUCCAUCUCCAAGGGCCAUGCCUUCAUCCUGGUCUUCUCCGUCACCAGCAAGCAGUCGCUAGAGGAGCUGGGGCCCAUCUACCAGCUCAUCGUGCAGAUCAAGGGCAGCGUGGAGGACAUCCCAGUCAUGCUGGUGGGCAACAAGUGUGAUGAGACGCAGCGAGAGGUGGACACCCGUGAGGCCCAGGCGGUGGCCCAGGAGUGGAAGUGCGCCUUCAUGGAGACGUCGGCCAAGAUGAACUACAAUGUCAAGGAGCUCUUCCAGGAGCUGCUCACACUGGAGACACGCCGGAACAUGAGCCUCAACAUCGAUGGAAAGCGCUCCAGCAAACAGAAGAGGACAGACCGCAUCAAGGGCAAAUGCAUCCUCAUGUGAGCCUGGGAUGCCCCCCUGCAGACAGCCCCUGUCCUGGUCCUUGUUCUGGCCCCAUGCCUCUCCCCACACCAUCCUGCAGCCACUGCCUUCCUCCUCUCCCCAUCCUUCCCCAAUUCCCCUCCUCUCUCUCCCUCUCACGUCCACUUCUCUGCCAUCAUCCAACAUCCCCGAUGGGGACUCUGAGCCCUGCGGGUCUGGGGCUCCAACCCAGCUCUGUGCACCCCUCUGCCUUCUGCUGUCUCUCUGCCCCACCCUCCUGUCUGUACCCACCAAAGCCAAGUGCUAGAAAUGGCCCCCUUGGUCUGCACAUGGGGAAAUGGGGAAGCUGUCUGUCCCUGUGGGGACCGAGGACACUGGAUUUUCCCAUCUCUGCCUGUCUCUGUUUCUCCCAGGACCCCCAUUUCUGGUCCUUUCCCUUGGGUGCCCCCAGCCAGACCUGUGCUGCCCCCACCCAUUAGAUCACUGUGACCUUGCUGGGGAGGGACAAGUUGAAAUGCACAGGAACCUUAACUUUUGUUUUCUCCUACUUGGUGUUAAACAUACACGCCUCCUACUCCCCACCUCCACCCCUCAUGACCUCUGGCCUGUGCUCCCUGCCCCAGGUCCUGGACCACCCCUCUCAUGUCUGUCUCCACAGUUGGGGGGGAGUGGCUUGCAGGAUGGACCUCAGGCCACCAGGCAAUAACCACAGGGCCUGCAGCAGUGCCCUGCCAGCCCAGAACCCCACUCCUCUCCCAGCCUGGGCCUGGGGUGCAGGUAAGGGAGGCCCAGGACUGGCCAAUGGCCACAGCACAACUUGGGGACUGCCCGGUGUGAAAAUGGGGGGCUUUCCUGGACACGGCCUAUAAAGAUUGGCACAGCGCAUCACCACUGAGCCCCAGGCAGGGGUCUGGGGUGCUGGGUGGGGUACCUGGGGCCCUGUCCAGAGGGGUAAGGCAGAACCCUGCCUAGCCCACUUCCUCCCACCACCUGUACCCCUGAGAGGGGGACCCCAGGAAGGCUUGUGUCUUGCAGUUGGGGUGUCUCUGCAACCAUGAGAUUCUGAGUGUUUUGGUGUACAUGUCUAGAUAUCUCUACACUUGUGGGACUGUGUCUGACAAUGACAGGCUAGGGUUGGGGGUGACCAUGGGAUGGUGCAUUUGUGCAAAUGGCUGUGUAGGGGCCAAUGUGUCUAUAUAUGUGUCUGUGUGUGCCUGUGUGUGUGUGUGUGUCUGUCACUGGGGUGGUACGCGCAUGUGACAGUCUGUGUAUUUAAUAACAUAGGGGUCGGUGGUAUUGUUGUUUAAAGGUCAGAAUAUUUGUGAUGUAACAGCAUGAGUGUGACUGUAAGUGCCUGUGUUUUCGGAAGUGAGUGACUUGAUUUAUUGGAGAGAAUCUGUGAACCUGUUUUGUUCUCACUGUGUCUUACUCUAUGGCAAGGUGUCUCUCAGCUAAAAAAUCUGUAUCAGUCAGCUACUGCUACAUAACAAAAGACCACGACCUCAGCAACUUGAAACUCCACACAUGUAUCAUCUCCCAGUUUCUGUGGUUGAGGAGCCCAGGCAUGGCUUAGCUGGGCCUUCUGUUCAGGGUUGUAUGAGGCUAGAAUCAGAGUGCUGCCCAGGCUUCAGUCUCACCCGAAGGCCUGCCUGGGAAGCACCCACUUCCCAGCUCCAGUGCUUCUCGGCGGCUCGCAGUUCCCUGCCCUCGCAGGACAAGCACCUCAGUUGCUCACUGGCUGUCUGCGGGCGUUGCCCUCAUGUCCUUGCCCCAUGAGGCUCUCCCUGGGCCUCUUGCAGCAUGGGGUGUCAGAAAGCUGCGUGUGUACGUGCUUGUGUGCGCGUGUGCACGCCGAGACUGAGCUGUGCACGCACGAGAAAGAGAGAGAGAGAGAGAGAGAGAGAGAGAGAGAGAGAGAGAGAGAGGAGAGAGACAGGCCAUGUGGCUGUCCAGUCAUGUGACCACAUGGGACUAUUGUAGAUAAGAGGGACUGUUUGUGUCCAACUUAGUGAAAGAGUGUUUAUUUUUCUCUUUGUUCAUGUGACUGCUUACGCCACAAAUGUUUAAGGGACACACUAUGAGAGAGAGGGAGUGUGUGUGUGUGUGUGUGUGUGUGUGACUGCCAGGCACAUGGAUGAGUCCAUGGAAGCGUUGGUAGCAUCCUGUCUGAGUACAGCUGAGUCCCCGUAUCCUGUGGUAGGUCCAGGACCCACCAACAGCUGGUGUUGCUCCCUCCCCCACCCCGGGAGUGGUUCCUGGGCCUUGAAGGUGCCUGAGUGGGUGAGGCUGGGCACCGGGUCUGGUCUGCGGCCCUUUCUCAGGGACACACCCUGAUAGCACAAUCUCCCUGGGGCCCCGCCCCUCCAGGCUUCUCCUGCCUCAGGCCCUGCCCUGACCCUGGGGACUAAGAGGUUCUGCAGCAGGAGGGGGCAGAGCCUGCCCUG